GCCAGGGGGACACGCGCGGUGCUGCAGAACUUUUGCACCAAGUUCCAGAACCCACCCAGGCGGUAUGAGGGACCGACUCCUGAGCUGGAUACAGACCUUUAUCAACACAUCAGAGAGUCUAUUGAAGUGGUUCUCUCUGAUUCCGCGGCAAAUGAGAUUGCGGCUAGCAAUGUGAACCGCGGGCGUCGCGCCCUUCAGAUUGAAAGUGAUACUGCAGAUACACUCUUGCCCAAUCUGAAGUUAGUAGCUCGUGAUCACGCUCAUUCCUUCAGGCAUGUUCUGCAAAGACCUUUCAAAUCGUCGGAUUACUUAUGCCAGUUGAUGGAUAACAACGUGCUCCAUGGCAACUCGAUUGUGAGGGUGAUCGAUGGAAGCUUCGUCUUUCGGCAGUGGUUUGAAAUUGAAGUGGGGAAGAUGGGUGGCACAGCUCACAACCUGAAAUCAGCGAAACACCGUUUUGAAUCCCACACUACUCCAUUGUGCCGGCUUCUGAGCAACCUGCCUGCUGUGAUUGCCGUGGCACAGCGAAUAAUCCAGCAGCGGCAUGAUGCCACAGGUGCCUCCAUCAGAAAUUGGUUGAACUCACUGACUUCUGAGCAUGUGCUGCAGCUCAGCAUGUUGGCAGACUGCACUGACGAGGCUCUGGUCCUCCUCAGGCUUGUCGAUGACGAGCAAUGCGACAGUGCUGAAUUGGGAAAUUAUGUCCAAGGCUUUGCAGACCGGAUCCAAGCUUUGAUCCUCAACAAGCUGAUUCUGGACACCGGCUACACCAAAUUUACCUUAGACAUGCUAUCGGAAGGCAAGGUUGCUUUCUUCGCUUCCGGUGAUGCUCGACGGCUCAGACCUUGUGAUCAAGAGAUGACGGACCGAUGCUUGGACCACAUGAAGGUCUUCUCGCUGACGAGCUCUUUGGCCAAGACAAGAACAUUCUUCCAGAGUGCUGAGAAUGAGAGCAUUGACAGAUUGGCCAGCUUCUUCAAUGUGAGCUCCGGUGGACUGAAGGAUCAACUGGAUCGGCUCCGACCUUUAGCCCAGAAGCAUUGCAAAGAAAGCCAUUCCAGCGCGAAAGAUGCUUGGGUAGCCACCAUGUUGGCUACUCAAAACAGGGGAUCAAUGAAGGAGUCUUACUCCAUCUCAGACCUGGCCCCAGUGAUGUACCGAUACCUUGCUUGGCAGGCAUCCACGAGUGGGGUUGAGCAGAACUUUGCAAAGUCCGAGAGAAUGAAGACGUGCGGACAAACACCUGCAUCCGCAGAAUUUGAAGACCGGGCCUUGCGAAUGUUACUUUGCAAAACAAGCCAGGUGGACAUGAAUGAUACAGUGAAGAAGGCUCUGCAGCUGUACAAUCGAUGCCAUGUGGGCACCACCCGCACGCAUGUGAAAAAGAGAGUCGACAAGUCAGUGAAGCGCCCUCCUGGACCUGACGAAGAUCCCCGCACAGAGGCUGGCUUCAAAAGACUGAGGCACAACCAGGUGAACGACGCUAUGCUUGGUUUGGAUGAUGCCUUGUCGUUGUCCUUUGACUUGGAUUUGAACCCAAGUCAAGAUAGCCAAGUGGCUGCUCUUUGGGGCGAGGGUCAUGAAAAAGAGUUUCAGUUUCAGAAAGGCAAGCAAACCCGGCGGGUCGUUGAGGGCUUCCGUGAUGGCCUGCUGGAUGAAUCAGAAAUUGAUGAAGCUGAUCUAGCCCUCGCCUUGGAAAAGGAGAAGAAGCAGGACAAAGAGCUGGUGCGUGUGAAUAAGUCGUUCAAUGAGAUGGCGUCCAAGAUGAAUGGCCCAAUGGAUUGGGACAUCCUGACUGGCCAAAAGAUUUGGGUGGAUUCGACCCUGCAGAACGAUCCUGAAGUAGAAGUCUCGCUGAUGAAACACAACUUAUUUGCAGUCACUGAACGCAAAGAAGCAACUCUUUUUGCAGUCCCUGACUGCACCACCUUGUCAGAACGCGUGAAGCUCUUUGCCGCUUUGUUCGGCCUCAGAGUCUUGGAUGGCUCACUUUUGCAAGGUAAGCCAGGCUUUCUUGUCAAGUUCAAGGCAUCCAUCAACACAAGGCAAAGGGUCUUCUUCAGCAGCCAGUUCCAUCAAAAACAUCCAGACUUUGAGGGCACAGUGAUGCGUGCUUUCAAUGUUCGAGGCAGCAAGUGGAAGCCGGCAGAUAACAGGUCCGAUGCCACUAUCAAGUUGGUCACCACGACUGAAGCUGCGCGGGCCAAGGUUGUUGGCGGGGAUGAUGCGGGGCAUCAUUGCAAGUCCUCUUUCUUGGAAAGUAUUUCCAAGAUGGACUUCAAGAACUCUGGUUACUACAAGCCGUAA